AUGAAGUUCCUUGUUCCUCUCCUUUUUCUUCUCACUAUCAUCGCCUUUUCAAAUUGCGAAACCCCCGCGGAGAUCGUCAAAAACUUCGAAGCCAAAAUCAUCUCCAUCCUCGCUGCAAAAAAUUUCGAUGAUUUCGAGAAAUACGUUGAUAUGGCUAUUGAAUUAACUACCAAUGAAACGAACAGAAGAACAAUUGGGAUUCGAAGGGAAGAUCUUAUCGGUGGCUUGAAAAAUGGGACUUUCACUUUGUUCAAGGGAAUUGGUCCAAAUGAUGUUCCAAAAAUCAAAAACUAUGAUCACAUAAUUGAAACAUAUCGGAAUUUUACAAAUGGACGAAAAUUGAGAUAUAGGAUUGAUAAGACAACGUCUAAUGAUCUUGGAUACAUAAUUACAAUAUAUUACGAUGUUAACGUAUAA